GUACUUCAACCAAAGUUUUUGUGUUGUGAAACAUUUUGUGUUGUGCUUAAAAAAGAACUUGUCAUUUGAUUGGAUUAAGAACACUCUCCCUCAUCAUACUAUACUUUUGGAUUAUCAACUAAGCAAUUCAACAAAAAUGGAUUACAAACACGAUCUUAACUCGGACGAUGAUUUCGACUGCUCCAAUGGCUAUAGCGACAGCUUUGGCAGCAAUGGGCGUCUGGCCAAUCCAAGUGGUCUGUCCAAGGCGGAAUUGAGAAAGACAAACAAACCCAUUAUGGAAAAACGGCGUCGCGCUCGUAUCAAUCACUGCUUGAACGAGCUCAAAUCGCUGAUCCUGGAGGCAAUGAAGAAAGACCCGGCGCGACAUACCAAACUGGAAAAGGCCGACAUACUCGAGAUGACGGUGAAGCAUUUGCAGUCGGUGCAGCGCCAGCAGCUAAACAUGGCCAUCCAGACCGAUCCCGGCGUGGUGCACAAGUUCAAGACGGGCUUUGUUGAGUGCGCCGAGGAGGUGAAUCGCUAUGUCAGCCAAAUGGAUGGCAUUGAGCCGGGCGUACGUCAGCGUCUCAGCGCCCAUCUCAACAACUGCGCCAACAGCCUGGAACAGAUUGGAUCGAUGUCAAAUUUCAACAAUGGCUACCGCGGUCAGCUGCCGGCCAUUUUCCCGGGCGCCGCUGCGCCCCUCUUCCCACCACUGCCCCAGGAUCUGAACAACAACAGCAGCAGCAACAGCAGCCGCGAGGGCGUCACAGCAGCAGCUCCAGCCAUACAGAUGGGCGGUCUUCAGCUGAUACCCUCCCGCUUGCCCUCGGGCGAGUUUGCUUUAAUCAUGCCAAAUACAACAACGACAGCGGCUCCCGCGCCGGUACCCUUUGCCUGGCCAGGAGCAGCAGUGAAUGCAGCCAGUGCAGCACUAGCCAGCAUUGCCAAUCCCACGCAUCUGAGUGAUUACGCCCAAAGCUUCAGGCUGAGCGCAUUCAACAAGCCGACAGCGCCCGCCCAGACGCAACUGCAGGCGCCAGGAGCAGGCGGAGCAGCAACCGCAGUUGCCACCAAGAACACAACCAGCAGUCCGCCUCUGAGCCCCAUCUCUUCCAUCUCCAGCCAGAGCCAUGGCGAAGAGUCGCGUGCUGCCUCGCCAGCGAGUGCGGCACAAGCGGAACUGCUGCUGGCCAAGCAGCACAGCUUCGCUGGCGUCUUCUCCACGCCGCCGCCCACCAGCGCGGAGACCUCCUUCAACAGCAGCGGCUCCUUGAAUCUGAGCGGCGGCAGCCAUGACACCAGCGGCUCUGCCUGCAACACGUCGCGCUCGCACUUGCAACAGCAGCAGGUGAGCUCCACCAGCGGCCAGGAGAGUGGCGCUGCGAAGCGUAUGCGCGAGGCAGAACUGGAGCAGGAGCAGGAGCACGAGCAGGCCGAUUCUAGCGAUUGUUCGUUAUCGGACGAACCAUCGUCUAAGAAAUUCCUGGCCGCCGCCAUCGAGAAGUCCAGCUCCGCAUGGCGGCCCUGGUGACGCAGCAGCAGCAGCAACAUCCUCUCAAAUAUUGUCUAUGUUUUAUGUUAAGUUUAUGACCCCUCCCCCCUCCGCCCCCCUCACUCUCUCUCGCUCUCUCAAGUUAAGCAAUCUGUUAAUUUAUUUUCAUUGCAAUUUUAAUCACAUUUCCAUUAAGUUUUUCCAUUAUUCAUGUUUCGCUUUCUUCAA